AUGGGGCCCGGCGGCGUGGUUAGCGGAUCUGUAGCUGACGCGACGGUGUGCGCGGCACAGGCGCUGCCAACGGGAGCACACGCGAGCAAGUCUCCAAGAUUUGCGGGCGCGGCUGCCGCAGGCGCCAGCACCGCGGAGAGCGCCGAGGCGAAGGGGGAAGGACUCGUGAAGGAUUUUGGGCAAGACCAAAGAUUAAAUGGUGUGGGCAAUGAGGUGUCUGCUGCUUCAGUACCAGGCUCACAGGAACAGGAGCAGGCACUGGAACUCGAAGUGAAAGGACUGAAGAAAUUGUUCAAGACAAAGAAGGGAAUCUUUACAGCUCUUGAUGGAGUUGAUAUCAAAAUCAAACCCAAGUCGACUGUUGCACUGCUGGGCCCCUCUGGAUCAGGCAAAACCACACUGCUACGAAUCAUUUCUGGCCUGGAGGAGCCCACCGAAGGGGCAGUGUACUUUGAUGGUGUCGAUGUGACAUCUGUACCAGUGCAAGAUCGGAACCUGGGAUUUGUAUUCCAGAGUUAUGCCAUGUUCAAACACAUGAGUAUUGCAGAUAACAUUUCAUUUGGUUUGAGAAUACGGAAGAAAGAUGUCGACAUAGACAAGAGGGUUGAAGAGCUGCUGGAAUUGGUGGAGCUGCCCGGAAUUGGCAACCGGUAUCCUUCCCAGCUCUCUGGUGGCCAGAGACAGAGAAUUGCUCUUGCGCGAGCACUGGCAAACUCUCCAAGGUUAUUGCUGCUUGAUGAGCCUUUUGGUGCCUUGGACGUUAUGGUGCGCAAAAACCUGCGAGCAGGUUUAAAGAAGAUUAUAUCGCGGCUGGGGAUUACUACCCUUUUUGUGACACAUGACAAGGAUGAAGCAUUUGAUUUGGCGGACGAAGUUGCCAUUUUCCAUCGCGGUUCAAUCGCACAAAGUGGAGCAUCAGAAGACGUCAAGCGGGAUCCGUUGUCACCAUUCGUUCUCAAUUUUAUUCAUGACGUCAACAAAGUGCCGGCAAACUGCCAGCUGCUGCGGCGAAUGAAGUACUCCACACACAAGUCCAUGGCCAUGUUUCAGCCCAAGGACAUGGUCGUGCACACAGACAUGAAUGCGCCAGGUCCGCUCGCGCCAGCGACUGUCGCUGAACGGUACAACAUUGGGUUCAUGGUCAAGUACUCGGUCAAGUUUGACGACGGGGUGGAAGUGGAACUCCAUGCGAGCAGAGAGGACAGCAACGAGGGAGGCAGUCUCGACUUCGACGUUGGGCAGCGUGUGUAUGUGUUCGUGGACCCCAACGUGUUCAUGGACUUUGAGCCUGAAGAACUGGACGCCACUCCAGGCGCCACGCAAUGA